AUGAAGCCACGUAUAGACUUUGAUGAAUGCCUUAGGGAUUCACCCAAGUUUAGGGAGCAGCUGGAAACUGAAGAAGCUAGUAUAGAAGCAUUAGAACAGAAACUUGAUAAAGUGCUUAAAGCAUGCUCUGUUAUGAUAGAGUCUGGUAAAAUUUACAUGAGUCACAGAGGGACCUUUACAAAUGCACUAUGGGACUUAACUGAAUGUUUCUCCGAGGACCCACCAGUGAUGGCCAAUCUCAACAGGAUGAUUCAUAGUCUACAAGAGAUGAACAAGUUCCACUCAAUUCUGCUGGACCAAGUCUCAAGGACUGUACUCAAGAAUCUCACUGCUUUUAUCAAAGUAGAUAUAAAAGGAGUCAAAGAAAGUAAAACACACUUUGAAAAAAUCUCAAAUGAGCUGGACACUUCAUUAAUUAGGAAUUCACAGGUAUCGCGUCACAAACUGAUUGAGAUAGAGGAGGUUGUGAAUCUCUUAUUGGCAACGCGAUCAUGUUUCCGUCACACUGCUCUCGAUCACGUGCAGAAAAUCACGAUGCUGCAGGCCAGGAAGCGCCACGAAAUCAUCGCUACGUUCGUGUCGUACCUGCAAGCGUGCUGCACUUACUACCAUCAAGGUGUGGAUUUGUCGGAAGACUUAGAGCCAUUCCUUAAGUCAACAGCUGUAGAGAUAGCAGCAAUGCGUAACGACACAAAAAUACUCGACAAGGAGAUGGAGAACCGCCAUACCAUAGUAAAUAGCAAGGAUACUGUGCUACCCAGCUGUAAGGCUAACGCAGCCGUAGGAGAUAGCAAAGAAGGGUUGCUAACUACCCCUUGCCUUAAAAACCUGCCUAGAAUGCAAGGGUAUCUAUUUAAAAGGACUUCCAACGCAUUCAAAACCUGGAACAGGAGAUGGUUCUAUUUAUACGAUAAUCGUCUUGUAUAUAGGAAAAGAACUGGUGAGCUGAAUGUCACGGUAAUGGAAGAAGAUUUAAGACUUUGUACUGUAAAGCCAGUGCACGAUGGAGAAAGACGUUUUUGUUUCGAAGUACUGUCGCCAUCAAAGAGUCACAUGCUUCAAGCAGACUCUGAGGAAAUGUUAAACUGCUGGAUAGCAGCGUUACAAAACGGAAUCCGUUCUGCCAUACAGCAAGGUCAAAGUCGAGAGAAUCCUGAAUCACAACUCAUAUUAGUUCCUGAUGAUCGCCCACCGUCCGAUAGACACAACGUUGCCAAUGCUGGUAUGAAGAAGAUCAGGAUAUGGGAACAACUUCUUAGCAUUCCUGGCAACAAUUACUGUUGCGAUUGCGGUAGCCCUAAUCCUCGGUGGGCGAGCAUCAACCUCGGCAUAACACUAUGUAUAGAAUGUUCCGGUAUACAUCGGUCUCUAGGCGUGCAUGUCAGUAAAGUUAGAUCUCUUACUUUAGACGACUGGGAACCUGAUAUUAUUAAGGUUAUGGCUGAGCUUGGCAACCAGAUUGUUAAUUUGAUCUACGAAGCUAAUACAGAGGGUACAACUAUCACAAGAGCAACACCGGAUUGCGAAACCUGUGUCCGCGAGGGGUGGAUCCGUGCCAAAUAUGUGAGCCGGCAAUUUGUGAAGGACUUGGUGGGCAGCAGCGGCGCCCUCUCCGCGCCGUGCGGCGACUCGCCGCUGCGCGCGGGCCGCCGCUGGUCCGUGCGCCGCGCCAGGCGCAGAGUCCGCACCACGCCCUCCGUGCCGGAAACAAUAACCGAUGAAAAGAGUGAUGCCAACAGCAACACAAGUGUUUCAGAGAGUUCGAGUAAGUCGGAUGGUAGUCCGGUUUUGUUGAUAGGCAACGAGUUGGCGAGCGAACGCGGUAUUGAUCUCAGUCUGCCGUCAGAUCAUGAUUCUACAGAAGGCGAGGAUAGCGAUGAAUUAGUGGCCGAGGACAUGUCGCGGCUGUCGCCGGACGCGGUGCUGCAUCUGGCGGCGCGCGCGCACAACGUGGCCGUGCUGCGCGCCGCGCUCGCCGCCGGCGCCGACGUGUGCGCCACGCGCCACGCGCACCGCACCGCGCUGCACGCCGCCGUGCUCAGCGGAUCCGUAAUGGCGUGCUCGUUUCUGCUUCUCAACGGUAGUAAACUUAACGUUCAGGACGAGGACGGCAAGACACCGUUACAUCUGGCGACGGAAGCUGGACACACUGGACAAGUUUGUUUGCUACUGCGGUACCGUGCAGACCAGUCCAUGGUAGAUAAGGACGGCCAAACGCCGCUCGACAUCGCCGUGGCAAACGCAAACGCUGAUAUUGUUACUUUGUUGCGGCUCACGAAACUGAACGAAGAGAUGCGCGAGAGCGAGAUGUCUUCCAACGACGACACGUACAACGAAGUGUUCCGCGACUACACGCAACUCGCGCACUCGCACCCCGAGCGGCUCGUGCGCGCCAAGCUCAACAACAACGAAGGUGAACAGCAGAGUGAAUGA